GCACAAUUUGAUCAUUUUUGUCUGCUGAGUCCAAACACUUUUCAUUUCAUUGAAAUCUACGAAGGCAACAAAACCCCUCUCUUGAAUUCGCCGGAGAUCAAAGGCUUUAAGUCUCCGGCACCCGGCGAGACUCAUUUCCGCUGUAAGGGAAACACAAUAUACAUGUCAAUGGCGCCGCAUCUGCUGUUGUACCCAAUGGUAUUAGAUGAGCUGAAGAAUGACGACAUUCAAUUGAGGUUGAAUUCUAUUAGGAGGUUAUCUUCUAUUGCAUGUCAACUUGGUGAAGACAGAACCAGGAGGGAGUUGAUCCCAUUUUUGUGCAGAAACACUGACGACGAAGGUGAGGUGCUACUUGCCAUGUCAGAAGAGUUAGGCGGUUUUAUUCCUUAUGUUGGAGGAGUGGAGCAUGCUCAUGUGUUACUCCCUCUUCUAGGAACCCUUUGCACUGUGGAGGAGAUCUGUGUGAGGGACAAAGCUGUGGAGUCAUUGUGUAGAAUUGGAUCCCAGAUGAGGGAGAGUGAUUUGAUUGAUAGGUUUGUCUCUCUUGUGAAGAGGCUGGCAGCUGGUGAGUGGUUCACGGCUAGAGUUUCUGCUUGUGGACUAUUUCACAUUGCUUACCCAAGUUCCCCUGAGAUGUUAAAGGCAGAGCUCCGGUCCAUAUAUAGCCAGUUGUCUCAAGAUGACAUGCCUAUGGUGAGAAGGUCAGCUGCAGCAAACUUGGGGAAGUUUGCUGCUACCAUUGAACCAGCUUACCUCAAGACUGACAUCAUGACAAUGUUUGAAGAUCUUACACAGGAUGAUCAAGAUUCUGUACGCUUACUAGCAGUUGAGGGCUGUGCUGCACUAGGCAAGUUGCUGGACCCCCAGGAUUGUGUUGCACAUAUUCUUCCUGUCAUUGUCAACUUCUCUCAGGAUAAGUCUUGGCGUGUACGGUACAUGGUUGCAAACCAGUUGUAUGAGCUGUGUGAAGCUGUGGGACCUGAGACGAUCAGGACGAACUUGGUUCCUGCUUAUGUGCGUUUGCUGCGGGAUAAUGAAGCGGAAGUGCGUAUAGCUGCUGCAGGGAAAGCCACCAAAUUCAGUCAGAUUCUUAGUCCUGAGCUUUCUAUACAGCAUAUUCUUCCGUGUGUGAAGGAAUUGUCGUCCGACUCAUCGCAGCAUGUUAGAUCUGCUUUGGCUUCUGUUAUAAUGGGGAUGGUUCCUGUCCUGGGAAAGGAUGCAACCAUUGAACAUCUUCUUCCAAUUUUUUUUUCCCUUCUGAAGGAUGAGUUUCCUGAUGUGCGGCUCAACAUCAUUAGCAAACUUGAUCAAGUCAAUCAGGUGAUUGGAAUUGAUUUAUUAUCCCAAUCUCUGUUGCCAGCUAUUGUUGAGCUGGCAGAGGAUAGGCAUUGGCGAGUUCGUCUGGCAAUAAUAGAAUACAUACCUCUGCUGGCCAGUCAGUUGGGUGUAGGAUUUUUCGAUGAUAAGCUUGGCACCCUUUGCAUGCAGUGGUUACAGGAUGAGGUUUAUUCAAUCAGAGACGCUGCAGCUAAUAACUUAAAGCGCCUUGCGGAAGAAUUUGGUCCAAAGUGGGCAAUGCAGCAUAUAAUUCCUCAGGUCGUGGAUGUGAUUAAUAAUUCACAUUAUUUAUACCGGAUGACAAUACUUAGGGCAAUUUCUUUACUUGCACCUGUGAUGGGUUCUGAGAUAACAUGUUCUAAGUUGCUGCCAGUGGUUAUUACGGCAGCAAAGGACAGAGUGCCCAACGUCAAAUUUAAUGUUGCAAAGGUGUUGCAGUCCCUUAUCCCUGUUGUUGACCAAUCAGUAGCAGAGAAAACGAUUCGCUCUAGUUUAGUAGAGCUAGCUGAGGACCCUGAUGUCGAUGUCCGUUUUUAUGCAAGUCAAGCACUUCAGUCAAUUGAUGAUGUCAUGAUGUCAAGCUAGAGAUACUUAUCUGUUGUCAAAUCCUCUCUGGACGUCUGGAAUUAUGCCGUCACACCAGGAAACAGUAAAGAGAAGGCAGAAAGUGAAAUACAUCUGUCUGAGAUUUGGGGGUCGUAUUAAUACUAAUAUAUAUUUUAGGAUGUGUCAAAUAUGAAAUGCUUCCUACAGUAAGCUCAAGUAUUUACAUGUAAAUUGGCUGUUAGACUAACUAAUGAAUGGUUUUUCUUAU